AUGUUACAGGUUGAGGCCGGAACUAUCGUGCGUGGAAUGUUCGCAUGUGUGGUUCCCGGCAUACUAUGCUUUCUGUCCAUAUUCUACUGCAUACUUCACUCCUGGUUAAAUGCUUGGGCCGAGAUAUUAACGUUCGGGGAUCGACUUUUUUACGAGGACUGGUGGACUUCUUCCUACUUCUCACGGUAUUACCGACGCUGGAAUCGUGUGGUUCACUCCUGGCUACGUGAUCACAUCUAUGUUCCUCUAGCCCCAUCACUAGGACGCCCUGUGUCUACAUUUAUAGUAUUUGCGGUGUCCGCGGUGGCCCAUGAAGUAGUCUUUGCAUUAUCAUUGGGAUUCUUCUAUCCUGUAAUACUGGUAAUGUUCGGCGUCAUUGGGUUAUUGAUGGUACCACUUACUGCGAAUGGUGGACGCCGUUACCCUAAUAUGUACAAUGUACUUAUGUGGUUUUUAUUUUUCAUUGGAAAUGGGCUUCUGAUGUGUUUGUACUCCAUGGAAUACUUCGCUCGCAAGAACUGUCCACCAUCAAAGGACGACAGUUUCUUUAUACCCAAGUCAUGGUCUUGUAUAGAAGUCAUCUUAAAACCUGGCUGGACAUUCCACAACCCUUAA